GCACCUUCGGCGUCCAGGGGGCAAAUUCUUGGGCAACAUGGUGAGCCGAAGGGGUAUCGAGGCCAACCCCGAGAAAAUCCAGGCCAUCAUCAACAUGGAGCCCCCACACAACGUAAAGGAGGUCCAACGAUUGACGGGCCGCCUGGCAGCCCUCAAUCGCUUCUUAUCAAAAUCGGCGGAGAAGUCCUUACCCUUCUUCCAGAUCAUGAGGAAAACCGCCUGUAACACUUGAGAUUUAAUUUAAAUGGAUUAAUAGUACUACUCAUACCAACAAGAUGCAUCUCCUUUUAAGGGAGCUCAUUAGCCAAGAACUCCAAAGUUAAGCGUGCUUGCACGGGAGUAGUCUUGGGAUGGGUGACCCCCUGGGAAGUUUCUCAGGGCGCGCACGAGUGAGGACAAAGUGUUUGGAAAAGGCUAGCGGCGGUUUGUGAGGACAGUACUAGAGGUCGGAAGUAACUACCUCGGGGCCUACGGGGCCGGGGUGUUACAAAUGGUAUCAGAGCAACCCUGCGACAGUGUGUUGAUCCGUUGGAUAUCGGGCGGGCACUUAGUAGGGGAAAAGAUUCUGGGAUAUGAUUGAGAUUGGUUCAAGGACGCAACGAGGACGUUGCGAUCCUAAGUGGGGGUGAUUGUAACACUUGAGAUUUAAUUUAAAUGGAUUAAUAGUACUACUCAUACCAACAAGAUGCAUCUCCUUUUAAGGGAGCUCAUUAGCCAAGAACUCCAAAAUUAAGCGUGCUUGCACGGGAGUAGUCUUAAGAUGGGUGACCCCCUGGGAAGUUUCUCAGGGCGCGCACGAGUGAGGACAAAGUGCGCGGAAAAGGCUAGUGGCGGUUUGUGAGGACAGUACUAGAGGUCAGAAGUAACUACCUCGGGGCCUACGGGGCCGGGGUGUUACACCGCCGGUUUCCAGUGGACUUCAGAAUGUCAGGGGGCAUUCGAGGAGCUGAAACGAUACUUAUCUUCACCCCCUGUGCUCUUUAAACCCAAGGUAGGGGAGAUCCUGUACCUCUACUUGGGUGUUAGCCCGGCUGCCAUCAGCUCAGUACUCAUCCGGGAAGAGGAUGACUUCCAGCAUGCCAUCUUCAAUGUUAGCAAGACCCUCAGGGAGGCGGAACUCCGGUACUCCCCCGUGGAAAAAACAGUAUUGGCUAUCGUAUGGACCGUCAAGAAGUUGGGCCACUACUUCCAAGCUCACCCGGUCCAGGUCCUCACUCACCAACCCCUCGGCGCCUUGAUGAGGAGCCCCACUUGCUCCUCCCGAAUGGUAAAAUGUGCUGUCUUCUUGAGCCAAUGCAACAUCGACAUCCGUCCUAGGCCCGCCAUCAAGGGCCAAGCCCUAGCGGACUUCGUGACGGAGUGUACGGCAAGGGCAGCCACAGACGAGGAGCCCUCGGCCCCUUCAGAUGAUUGGUGGACUCUCUACACCGACGGCUCCUCCGCCAUCAAGGCAUGUGGAGGAGGGGUGGUUCUCAUCUCACCCGAGGGCUUCCGGGCCUAUUAUGCAGUCCGUUUCUCCUUCAAAGUCUCCAACAAUGAAGCCGAAUACGAGGCUCUCCUCUGUGGCCUUCGGCUGGCAGCUAACAUGAAGGCCCGACAAAUCCACGUCAAGUGCGACUCCAAGUUAGUCGUCGGCCAAAUCUCCGGGGAGUACGAAGCCAAGGAAGGGAGAAUGAAGCAAUACAAGGAGGCGGCCAAGGAGUUGCUUAAGGUAUUUGAGGCACACUCUCUUACUCAAAUACCGAGGGCUCAAAACUACGAGGCCGACAUUUUAUCAAAGCUCUCGGCAGAAUCCCCUGAGCAUAUCUCGAAGAUUGCCAACAUAGAAUAACUCAGCCUCUCUAGCAUACAUGCUAGCCCCAUCAUGCACAUACAACAAAGGCAAGGCGACUGGAUCUCAGACGUCGUCGCCUUCAUCACCACAGGGCAACUGCCCGAGGAUGAGGCCCGCGCCAAGCUGGCAAAACUGAGGUCUCCCAGCUACAUUAUCGAAGACGGGAGGCUUUACAAAAGGUCCUACAACGGGACACUACUUCGGUGCCUUCAUCAAGAUGAAGCUGAAGUGGGGAUGGAGGAAGUACACAGUGGCACUUGCUCAGUUCACCAGGGACCCUUCUCCAUGUCCCAAAGGCUAAUAAUCCAGGGCUACUUCUGGUCUACGAUGGCCCAGGAUUGUGCAGAUCUUGCCCGGAGGUGUCCCGCUUGCCAACACUUCCAGAAAGCCCCCGGCAGGCCAGCGGUCAACUAUGCCCCCAUCAGCACAUCCAUACCCUUCGCUCGAUGGGGCAUAGACCUCGUGGGCCCUCUGCCGAGGGGUACCUCCAACAACAGAUACAUCAUUGUCGCCAUCGAUUACUUCACCAAAUGGGUGGAAGCGGAGCCCCUCGCCAGCAUCACUGAGGCCAGGUGCCGUCAUUUUUUCUCAAGAACAUCCUCACCAGGUUUGGCGUCCCUCAGCAAAUAAUCUCCGACAACGGGACUCAGUUCGAGGCAGCCCCCUUCUGUGCCCUCCUAGAGGCAUGGGGCAUCAAACACACCUUCUCGUCCGUUGCUUACCCUCAGGGCAACGGUCAAGUGGAGAACGCCAACAUGACCUUGCUCGAGGGCCUAAAAAAGAAGCUGGAGGCCGAAGGGGGUGGUUGGGUAGAAGAGCUCCACAACAUCUUAUGGGCCUACCGUACCACCCCUCGGCGGGCAACUGACGAGACACCCUUCUCCCUUUACUACGGAUUUGAAGCAAGGCCCCCACCGAGGUAACUCUUCCAACCCGAAGGGUCAUACAGUAUGAUCCAGAGGCCAACGACGCCAAUAUGGCCCUCGACCUCCACCUGAUUUCAGAACGCCGAGAGCAAGCCUUCAUGCGCACGGAAAACUACUGAAGGCAAGUGAAAAGUUACAUUGAUGCCAAGGUUCGCUCCCGGGAAUUCCAAGUGGGGGACUAUGUUCUCCGAAGAAGGGAAGCUAGCCAACCAACCGAGGGAGGAAAGAUGGCACCAAAGUUCGAGGGCCCCUACAUCGUGGCAGCCAUCAUCAAACCCGGAACAUACAAGCUAAAACGCCCUAACGGGACUGAAGUCCCUAGGCACUGGAAUGUACAUCACUUAGUUAAAUUUUAUCAAUAACAUCAGAGCGGCCAAGCUCUCAUAACUAGUGAAUGUAUUAUUUUACGCCCCAAGGCCUAAGAAUUCUGAAGAAUGAAGGCAUUUUGAAGACACCGAGAACACGGAACAAGAAUAUCACAAGGGCCAAACCCUCAUAUCACCCUCAGGCCCAAGGCCUCACCAUAAUAGAAGAACCCUCGGCACCAAGUGCCGAGGGUAGACAAUACUAUCACCUACAACAAAGCACCACCCGUCCCCAAAAGGAACCCCCUCGGCACCUGGUGCCGGGGGGACACGCCACCAGCAGCUUUCAACAGAUGAGAAGAAACACCAAGUGUUUCCACAGAAGACCCUUCGGUACCAAGUACCGAGGGUAGAUAACACAAUCCCCUUCAACAAUCGGGGAGAAACACCAAGUGUUUCCACAGAAGACCCCUCGGUACCAAGUACCGAGGGUAGACGACACAAUCAUCUCCAAAAAAUGGGAAAAAACACCAAGUGUUUUCACAAAAGACCCCUCGGUACCAAGUACCGGGGGCCGCAAAUCGGAACAAACACCAAGUGUUGUUUCUAAGUCGUACUCCUCGAGGACGCCUAUACCGAAGGCGCCACUUCUCGGUGCCGGCAGCACGUAGUGCACCCGGCCAUUUGCAACCAGUGUGCAAAUGAAAACCCUUCCCUGAAACGCUUUCCGCGUCAUCACCCCAAGGGUAUGACAGGCACGAGAAAUGCCCAGGAUUCGACUUUCAAAAACGGAACGCUUUCCGCGUCAUCACCCCAAGGGUAUGACAGGCACGAUAAAUGCCCAGGAUUCGACUUCCAAUCCGAAACGCUCCCCGCGCCACCACCCCAAGGGUGUGGCAGGCCAUGGACUAUGUCUAGCACCGAGGGGACGACUUUCAAAACUGAGGCGCUUUCCGCGCCAUCCCCCAAGGGGAGGCAGGCUACAGACCACCACAUCUUGUACCCAGGAAUCGACCCUCGAUCCCCUCAGAACUCGGAAGGUUAACCCGAGGGGGGAGCUUAUGGUGUAUUCAGUUACCUCCCGAUAGGCCAAACCUUACCAAGAAACCAAGUUUCUUGAAGCCUUCCCUUCACUACUCAAAAAAAAAUGGGGUGGUGAAGGGGAGUAGACUCGGCGAGAAAUCAAUGAGUACAUCACUCCAACAAUUCAUAAAAACAUACCGAGGGCUCCCCACGGGAACACCUUCGGUACCUGGAAGUUCACAAGCACAAAGGAUACCGUUCAUAACAGACAUCAUCAACAAAUGGCUAAGUCCACUCAAGGAUUGCCUCCAGCUACACAUAAAACCGAAGGUUCAAAUACUACAAAACAUGGCAGGCUCAGCCAACAACAACUCAAAGUGUCCCCGAAGGCUACUACAUAACAAGUGCCUUCGGGCUCACUCCUUCAGAAGCCCACGGCCUCAUAACAGGCCACCCCUCGGGGAUCCCCCCUCAGCACUUUGAGGGCCGGGUAGCCCCCGGGAAAUGCGCCUCAUUGACGGACAGCCUACGGCACACAGGUUACAGGAGCCCUCGGAUACCCUUCUCCCCAACUGAACAACAAACAGGGGGCACCCCGGUGACACUUCAACUGCUACUCACAUUCAUGACGCCCUCGAUCCCCAGAUUGAGGGACUCCCCUUCGGUACCUCCCAGGAAAUCAACAGCAUGCCCCCGGCUAAUCAACACAUGAGCCCUCAGAACAAGGAAAGCCUUCGGCAUCAGCAUUAUUCUCCAUUUUGAACCAAGGUUUCACAUUUUCGAUUCAUCGUUGGGGGAAUUCGGUGCACUCUUUUUCCCUCAUUAGGAUUUUUUCCCAUAGGGUUUUUCCUAAUGAGGUUUUUAACGAGGCAUCCCCCCAAAAUGAAACGAAAAGCGUCAGCCUUCGGCCCAAAACAGCAACGCAACUACUCUACUCCUUUUCACCACUUUGCAAGUGCCUCAAGGAGUGGGGGACUGGAGAACCCCCCCCCACCCCCGGGAAAAAUCACAAAAAUCACAAACAUGACCCCUCAAGUCCCGACAUGUGGGUAACUGAGGGACUGCCCCCGGCAGAAUAAACAAACAACAAACUACCCACAACACCACAAACUACAAUGGAACAACGGCAGAGGACAAACACAAUUACUCAUUUUCCCUCAAGUACCUUUCGAAAAAAGGAGUGAGGGACUCCUGAUGGAGUAUAUGGCCCGGGAACCCCCGGCCCACAGACACCUACUACUCCAAUGAAGGCCCAACAGGCCCAGAAAGCACAACAGGCCCGAAUCACCGCGCCCAAAGUACCAAGCAGCCCACAAUGCGCACCAGGGGUGUCUUCAGCCCCCUGACCGAAGGCUCUAACUCUCACAGGAGGGCCAAGACAGGAAAACAAAGUUACUGGGAAAAACGGCGAAAAUCAGUAGCCCUCGGCACUAAGGGGGUCCCCGGUACUCAGAGCCCUCGGCUUGUCAUCUACUGCCGAGGGCGCCUUUUCCGACACAAUAUCCGCUCCACAUGCGUAUGGAUCACCUUACCCUGUACAACGCCCCAUCCAACAGCCGCAUUAAAUGCGGCCACAUGCGUUUGUCAGCGCCAACCAGUUGAGGUGACCUCUCGGCCAAUGGACGCUUGACACGUGUCCCUGUCUGGCAUUUAUUGCUGCUAUAAAUAGCACCCCAUUUCCCCAUUUGUAACCAAGUCACAACACGCUGGAUACUUGCUAAUAUACUUUCUCUCUCUAUACUUACUUACUCUGACUUCUCUCUAGUUAUUCUCCGUAAUAACCCCUCGGAUAAGCUACCCCCCGGGUAUACUAUCCAUCACCUGCUUCGGCCACAACCAGAGGAAACAACCAAAGAGAAUGAUUGUCCAAGUCCCAACUUAAACACUUGGAAAAAUUUCGAAGUAAGGAUAACAAAAGCAAAAGGAAAGGAAAGACGAGGAGGACAUCGUAAACACUAAAGUCGAAAGAGAAACAUAUUUUCAUUCAUCAAAGGAAAGGUACAUGGGGGCACAACGGCCAUUACAAAAUAAGGGCGCCACAACACCGACCUAAGCUAAAAAAAGGGAAAAGAGGGUUGGCCGAUCAAUUCUCCGGGGCGACCUCAUCAGCAACCUGCCCCACAUCGGCUUUCUCGACAACAACUUCGGUGCCCUCCUCCGUCCCCACAUCUGCACUGGCCUCGGCUACUGCGGAGACAACAGUGUCGGCCAAGGCGUCGUCGUCGGACCAAUCCGGCUCACCAAUGGAGGAGUUGAGUAUCGGGGCUUGCCUCUCAAAAGGGGGGAGAUUUGCUUCGUCCUCUGGGUCCUUCAUUAUCUUGGGAAGCAUCAGAUUCUUCCUGGCCCAUCUCUGGGUAAGCUUCAGCUUUUUGAAAGCGCGAUGCAGCCUCUGGUAGAUUGGCCGUUGCAUCCUCUGCUGACCCAUGUCGUAAUAGACAGACAUCUCCCUUUGAAAGUAGUCUUGGCCGGUAGGGCAGUUCUGGCCCAAUCUUCUAGCCGGUCCGCCACAACCUCGUAGCACCAGGGCCGACGACCUUCGACCAGAAAUUUCUCGACUGCGGCAUCAGCAGCCUUCUCAGCAGCCUUCUCGGCUUCAGCUUGGGAUUUCGCGGCAUCCUCGGCUCGGAGCAGGGCUUCGUCGCGACCCUUUAGCGCCUCAUCCUUUACUCUCAAGGCGUCAUCCCUUUCGGCCGCCACCUGAUGAUAGGUCGCAUCGGCGUCAUCGACCCUCUUCUUCAGGGCCCCCACUUCGUCCCGGAGCCAGUCCAGGUAGGCCAUGGCCUCCUCGGCCGAAUCCGCUUUUUGCUCAGCCUCUUUCAACCGAGCAAUCUCUUGUUCCUGCCUCUUAUGGUUCUCCAUCAGCAUAAGGGCCCCCUGCAAUGAAUGAGAAGGUUAGGACGAUGCAAACACUUGUGGCAUCAAGAAGUGUAAAAAGGGUAAAGUACAAGGAACUUACUUGGAAGACAAGGUCCAUCCCGCCGUCAUAAAUCCUGACGGGGCCAAGCUUCUUCAGAUAAGCCCGGUCCUCAACCGGGACAGCUUGGGCAAGCACGUCAUGGCCGUCAACAUCAUCGUUAAAAAUGCCACCCUUGAUAGGGUACUCGACCUCAAGCUUGUAGGUCCCGUUGGCCAACUCCUUUCCGGCCCUCUUCUUCCGGGAGUCUUGGCCGAUAGGGGGCGGCUAGGACAUAGCAAUCGACGAGGGGGCAGAAACCAUCUCGACAACAACAAUGGCAUUAGAGCCCCCAACAUCAUCAGCCGGCACAGUUGCAACCCCGGCAUCAGCCUCAGCCGAAGGAGAAGCCACUUCGACUUCUUCGAAGGCUGCAUGCCAGCCUCAGUCAACUUCUUCUGACCGUCAUCAACCAGCCGCUUUUUCUUCGGCUGGGUGGGCGGUUUCUUUGCCGCAUCUGAACUCGGCUGCGCACCACUCGCAGCGGCCAGCUUCGCGGCCUCCUUGGCAGCCAUCUCCUCCUUCGCCUUCGCCUUGGCAAGGGCCAUGACGGAUCUGCGGUCCAUCACAAAAUCUGCAUAACAAAAGAGGACAGUUAGCAAAAUAAAAACAAUUGUAGACGAAGACGCCAAGGAGGGUAUUACCAUCAGCUUCGGCGGGCACGCCUAAAUCCGAGCCAUCGAUGUGAUAAAAAGUGAAUAGGUACCUUUUUUCGCCGAUCUCUUUGAUUGAGAUCCAUUUCCCAGGGCGCCAUAGAGAAACCAUGAGAUCCCUAAACACCGGAAAUUUCACCAUUUUGUUUUUGAGAAGAGUACCCACGAUUGGGAAAGUAGCACUGCGAUCCGAGUUUUCUCCCUCGCCGACUGACUCCUCGUCGAAAACCAGCUCGUCCUCAUCUCCACCUAUCUCCAUGUUGUUAUAUCUAUCUGCGAUGUCCUCCAUCCCAAGCAAAAGCUUUGAUUCUCGUCUGAGUAAGCUGUAAUUGACUGCAUCCUUAACGUGCUCCACCUCAAGGAGUACACCUGCGAUAUUACUCUGCUUUACCAAUGAAGAAUGCUAGAAGAAAGAUGAAAUCAAGCCAUAUAGGGGAGAAGCAGAAUUCACGUCCGCCUCUGCCUGCUUUGUCGAUGAACGAAUCGCACAUAACGUGCGCAGCUCCACAAACCCUACUCAGAGGGAGAUGGACGCACUCGUUUUAGAUGAUUUUUACUAACUACUUUUUAUAUACGUAUUAUUGUUGGAAAACUGUGUUAAAAAUUGCAUUAAAUGGUCAUUUUGGGGCAAUAUUUUGAGUGGUGUGCACUUCCGAUUUGGGUCGGGUCAAAGUGGUUUCAGAUUGUCCUUGUUAAGGGCUACAAUUCGAUAUGUGGUACACUCAAAAUGGAUAACGGGUGAAUGAGAAAUUGAUUCUCGAAGUUCACUCGUUAAAAAUGGAAAAACUAUGAAAAUGAUGGGUUUCUAGUGUGUUUUAUCCCACACCGGAAAACUCAAUGUAUUUUCACCCCCUUAUAAAGGGAAUCCUCUUUGAAGGAGUUAAGAUUCCUACGGGGAAAGGCUCUCUUCACACGCAGGAAGGGGUGCCGAUCAAAUCUCGAAAACGGAGAAGAAAAAUCACGACUCGUGUGCGCAGGCGACCAACGGACACAAAUGUCGUUCGAAAAUCUAUCAUUCAAAGAUACGAUUUAGUUUUUGUUUCUUCCAGUAAACGUUCCUUAUUUUUUCAGGCUGGCAGAAUUGCUCCGCUUCUGUCCGGACUAAAAGAAGGUUAUGUUCUCAACAGAACCGCUCCACUUCUGUUCGGCUCAACAGAAACCCCCGAGGUAUUCUGGUCACAACAGAAGGGGCCGAGGCAUUCUGUUCAUAACAGAAGGGGUCGAGGUCUUCUGGUCGCAACAGAAAGGCUCGAGGUCUUCUGGACCGUUACAACAAUAAAUGUCCAACGUUCUUAUCUUUUAAUGCAUCGUUAAAUGGACAGUUUAUGGACGAUUCAAUGCCCAACGGACUGGUCAUUGAUGUCCAACGUUCAUGUCUUUUAAAACUUCAUUUAACACACAACAAAUCCUCCUAUAAAUAGCUGGCAGGUGCUUUGAAACAAAGACAUAUUCACAAGCAAUCAUACACGUAUUUUGAGCUCUAAAAACACCUCCAGCAUUCUGAAAAUUUCUUAAGUGUUCUGACUUGUUCCCGUUCGCAGGAACAUUCGUUUGUGUGCUCAAACGUUUGUUCGUGAGCCACCGUAUCCUGGGAAACGGUCGUUGCAACGCUCCUAGCACCGUGGACGGCGACGAAUACAUUUUAAAGACAUCGUGCGUAGCACGAGCUCUGGCUAAAUUCUGCUUCAUCUGUUUUCUAUUUUUCUUUAGUCAUUUAAUUAAUUAAUUUUUAUUAAUUAUUUUCUUUGUUUUUUCGAAACACACCCAACAAUUAUAACACCUAAUGCAUCCUAAAAAAAUUCAGAAAAAUUGAAUGUUGGAUAACAUUCAUGGCACCUAACUUACUAAGCCUCAAGCUACUUGUAAAUUAGAGGCUAAGAGCAUCUAUGGCGAGGCCUAAACGUAAUAUAUAUAGCUGAAUUAGCUAUGCAAAAUAAAAAUAAAAAAUCUGAUUAAAUAAAAUAAAGAAACUAAUAUGGAUCGGAGCAUCUAAAAAUGAAGGCAAAGUAUGAGCCGUGGGACUAAAAUAGCAGCAAAACUCAAUUUCAGUAGUAGACGGAAUAAAUAGCAGCUAAAACCGAAUUUUAGUACGGGUUAAAAAAAAAAAGCAACAACCCAUUUGAUGAAUUGAGAAGUUGUUCUGUUCGUCUUAUUCUUAUUACUUACUACUUAUUCUUAUUUUAUUCAGAUCAGAUUAGAUCAGAUCGGAAAAAUUCAGAUCAGAUCGGAAAAAUUCAGAUCAGAUCAGAAAGAUUCAAAUCAGAUUAGAUCAAAUCAGAAACAUUCAGAUCAGAUCAGAAGCAUUCAGAUCAGAUCAGAAACAUUCAUAGCAAAUUGAAAACAUUCUAUUAUUAUCGAUUAUAUUAUAAUAAUAAUAAUAAUUAUUAGUAUAAUAAUAAUAGUAAUUAUUAUUAUUAUUAUAUAUUAUUAUAUUAUUAUUAUUAUAUUAUAAUUAUUAUUGAUAUUAUUAUUAUAUACCACUUUAGAAAGUCAAGAUGAGAUCAGAAGGAUUCAGACCAGAUCAGAUCAGAUCAGAAACAUUCAGAUCAGAUCAGAAAGAUUCAGAUCAAAUCAGAAAGAUUCAGAUCAGAUCAAAUCAUAAAAAUUCAGAUCAUAUCGGAUCUUAAAAAAUUGAUCAGACGAAGAGAAGAGCUUCAGACAUAGACUUGCAUCGCAGCUACAGAUCAAUUGAAUAAGCAUGGAGGGAGAAGGGUUUCUUCGUGCGGAAGAUGCAUACGAUCUUCAAGAAACGAUCCGCGCGACCACCUACGCCGUCAUGACUAAAGCUUCCUACGCAGCGCCGCCGCCGUCCAGGAUUCCAUACCCCGUCCAGAUUCUGAUCGUCGACACCGACAAACUGGACUGCGUGUUCGAGACGGUCGGAGCCUACAGGCUGGCGAAGCACUGCGGGGACCACAAGAACCUCGUCGGAGUGCACACUACCUUCAAGUCCUCCAAGAACCGCAACCACCUUUGGAUAGUCAUGCCUUCCGUUUCUAGGGUUUCGCUGCGGUCCAUGAUAACGAUGACCCGAUCUUUUCGGCACGGCUUACCCAAUGCGGCGGCGGCGGCUUUUCUCCUCCGCCAAACCCUAGAGGGUUUACACUGCAUCCACGCUGCAGAGGGGGGCCACGCGCACGGCAGCGUGUGCGCCAGGAAUGUGUACAUGGACGCGGAGUGCACGACUGUGAAACUAGGGUUUGGCCAGUUGAUGUGUGAGACGGCGCCGUGCAGGAUGGCGCCAGAGUUGGCGAAAGACUCUAAGAUGGUGCACGGAAAGGCAGCGGACAUUUGGGACUUCGGGUUUUUCAUUCUGGAGCUUGUUUAUGGCUGUGACGAGAUUCCGGUAUCAACAUACGCCGGACUUGAGUCGCUGUUGGCUAACGACUUUUACGUCGGCGACGCGAAAUCUGCGUCGCCAUCGUUCUUAAGGAAGUUAUCAUUAUUAUCAUUCGGUGGCCGGGAAAAGAAAUAUGAUGAUGAGAUAGUGAUCAAGAAGAGGAGGAGUGUGAUGUUGGAGUCUCCCCUUGGAGAUGUAGCCAAACAGUGCCUUAGGGAAGAUCCAGCGAAGAGGCCAACUGCAAAGCAAUUGCUGGAGGAGCAUCCAUACUUCAAUCCAACCACAACCAGCAAUGUUAAGGAGAUACAAAAGGUUCUGGCUCAGAUGAAGAAAGCAUGCAGCUGCUUGUAGUAUUUUAUUGUCAUCCUUUAGAUUAUUAUGGAUUAUUAAUUACUAGAGGUUAGUUGAGUAGUGCUAAUUAAUGACUUUUGAAUCUUGAUUAGAGAAAAUUGCUCUUUGUAAGACUGAAUCAAUGCAAGUUUACAAAAAUAGGACUUCGUCAUGUUUUUUCCAUCCGUGUGAUUUAUUUAAUUCUAUUUCAGGAAACUCUAUUUUUUCCUUCCAAUUUGACCCUUCAGCCCCUUCAAUCCACUUUCCUGCUGAUGUGUGGCUGUGGCCUCGUCGCUGGAGUAGAUUGACAGAUGAGGUUGUCGUCUGAGGGCAGCCGCUGCUGAGACGCCGGUGCGUGGCAGAGGCUGAGACGUCGGAGGGCGGCGGCGGCUGAGACGCCGAAGGGUUUCAGAGGAGGCUGAGAUGCCAGAGGCGGUGGUGGAGGCUGAGACGCCGGAGGGCAGCGGCUGGAACCAUGGAGGGCGGCGACGACUAAGAAACCUGAGGGUGGCGGUGGGUGGAACGCCGGAGGGCUGCGCUGGGCUGUGAUAUUUAUUGUCUACUUAUUGUCUAUUUAUUAUCUAUUUAAUGUCUGUUAUUUUCUAAAAGUAAGAGUAUUGUGGUCAAUGUAGAUGUAGUUGAGUCUCACGCUAAUAUUUGGUCUUAGUUUUGAAAAAUCCAUAAGUUUUGCACCUAUUUGUUGAAAUUUCCCUCUUGAUAAUCCAAUCUAGAUUCAUGUGAA